CUCUCUCAGAUAGUGUAUCAUGCAAGGCGGUUUAUGCUUUCCCACGGCUCGACGAUUGAAGCGGCUCCGCUUCAGAUCUACAGCGCGGCACUAGUUUUCAGUCCAGGAAAGAGCAUUGUUAGGCAUCUCUAUAUAGGUCAUGUUCCGGCGUGGAUCGAUCGACCUUUACCGACCGUAAUGCAGGAUUGGAGCGUGCAUUUACAGACAUUGAAGGAUGGCAACCGGGUCAAAGCCGUGGCGUUCUCGCAUGACGGCGGGCUCGUGGCGUCGGCGUCGCGCGACGGGACCGUCCGGGUCUGGGAUACGGCC